CCGCAGCAGCUGAGCACGGCCGCGGAGCAAGGGGUGCGCCGGCUGCGCGAGCGCCAGGAGCUCGAGCAGCAGCUCGUCAACCUGAACCGCGUGCUGCAGCCUGAUUCGGCCGCGCAGCGCCACCUUGAGCUCUUCCCCACCUCCAACAACACGCUCAACUCGGGCAAGCAGGCGCAGUCGUCGGUCGAGGCGUCGCUCGACCUGCUCAACGAGUUCCAGCUGAGCGCCGACCAGGGCACCUUCGCGCUGCCGCGCUUCUCUGUGCUCAACACGGUCAUCGCGGACCUGUGCCCGCGGCGGCUGCCGUGCCGCGUCGGCAAGUACCGCACCCCGGACGCGACCUGCAACAACGUCGUCAACUCGCGAUGGGGCUCGCAGGGCGCGGCGCUGCAGCGCCUGCUGCCGCCCAAGUACGGCGACGGCGUCAACUCCCCGCGCGCCAUGCUCAACGGCGCCCCGCUGCCCAGUGCGCGGCUGGUGAGCAACCGGCUGGCCCAGGAGUCGGACCGGCCCUCGGACAACGUGACUCUGCUGCUGAUGCAGUGGGGCCAGUUCCUGGACCACGACCUCACGCACACGCCCAUCUCGCGGGGCCAGAACGGCGUCGGCAUCUCGUGCUGCCAGGACGGCCAGGUGUCGGACCCGCGCGUCUCGCACCCGGACUGCUUCCCGAUCCCCGUGCCCCGCGACGACCGCUUCCUCGCGCCGUUCGGCGAGCGCUGCAUGGAGUUCGUGCGCUCGCUGCCCGCCCCGCGGCCCGAGUGCAACUUCGGCCCCCGCGAGCAGAUGAACCAGAUCACGGGCUUCCUAGACGGCUCCAACGUGUACGGCUCGGACGCCAACAAGCUGCGCCAGCUGCGCCUCUUCAACGGCGGCCGGCUGCGCGAGCAGAACGUCCGCGGCCGCUCCAUGCUGCCGGCCAACCCCACCGAGUGCCAGGACACGAGCGGCGCCGCGUGCUUCGUGUCGGGCGACGGACGAGUCAACGAGCAACCCGACCUGGCGCUCAUGCACACCGUCUGGCUGCGAGAGCACAACCGGGUGGCCUCCGCACUGCAGGCGCUGCGCCCGGAGUGGACGGACGAGGAGCUGUUCCAGGAGGCGCGCCGCAUCGUGGUGGCCGAGAUGCAGCACAUCACCUACAACGAGUUCCUGCCCAUCGUCCUGGGCAAGCCGUACAUGGACCGUGCCGAGAUGUCGCCCAAGGACUCGGGCUACACCGCCCUCUACGACCGCGAGCUCAACCCGGGCAUCACCAACGCCUUCGCCACCGCCGCCUUCCGCUUCGGACACACGCUGCUCGUCAGCAACCUGCAAGGCGUGGGCCGCUUCGGUAACGUGCGGAAGAACUUCGCGCUCAGCAAGUCGGCCUUCAAGCCCUUCAUGCUGUACGAGGAGGAGGGCCUGGACGACAUGCUGCGCGGCCUCACCACGCAGAGCUCGCAGAAGUUCGAUCGCUUCUUCACCAAGGAGAUCACCAACCACCUCUUCCAGAACGACCUGCCGUUCGGGCUGGACCUGGUGGCGCUCAACCUGCAGCGCGGCCGGGACCACGGCCUCCCCGGCUACCCCGAGUGGCGGCAGGUGUGCGGCCUGCGGCGCCCGCGCUCCUGGGAGGACCUGCAGGGCAUCAUGGACCCCGACGCCAUCUCCGUGCUGCAGUCGCUGUACCCGAGCGUGGAGGAGGUGGACCUGUUCGCGGCGGGCGUGUCCGAACGGCCCGCGCCCGGCGCCCUCCUCGGCCCCACCUUCACGUGCAUCGUCGGCGACCAGUUCGGCCGGCUGCGCCGCGGCGACCGCUUCUUCUACGAGGAGGGCAACCAGCCGUCCUCCUUCAAGCCCGAGCAGCUGCAGCAGAUCCGCCGGACCAGCCUGGCGCGCGUCCUGUGCGACAACUCGGACAACAUCGCCCUCAUGCAGCCCCUUGCCUUCUUCCACGCCUCCUUCGUAAACCAGCGUGUGGCCUGCAAUAGCGACGCCAUCCCACGUCUCGACAUCCGCGCCUGGAAGAACGAGCGGCCGAGCAACUUCUGAGACUCCCUUCAACUCGGACUCCCGACCUUUGCGUCGACCAGGACUGCCAGGCCGUCGCCCCUGCUCCGUCUUGCGGGUGGAGGACUGUCCCCGUGAUAGAAAUAUGAUUGCGAAAUGCCAGUUAUGCAAUCUGUGAAUCGGCACACUUUGUGCAUUCCUGAACAGUUUCACAAGUGAUAUUUUGUGAGCUUCAAGAAGUCUUAAGUAGUUUAAACAUUUGACUGAGGAAGAUAUUUAAUAUUUCAAGUUGUUAUUGUCUGGGGGAAGGUUAUUCCCUCAUUGACGAGAGUGACCAGACACGGGCAUAUUUUUCAUUGCUCUCUGAAAAUAUUGCAUGUUUUCUAUAGUCUGAUUAAAGUAACCCACCGUUAUGACUUUUAUGUCAUUUUCAAUGAAAUGAACUACUACUACUCAGCAUAUGGCUAGCAGCCUACAACAGACAGCGAAAACAAUUAAACAGAAAAAAGAAAUAA